GACUGCGCAUGCAUGCCUGGAUAUCUACACUGAUAUAUUAUAUAAAUCAAAUUCUCUCCCCGAUCUACAGAUUCCUUACACGAGAAUAUACCCCAAUUUCCGAUGUAUUUUGAUACCUGUUUGUACAAAACUUACCACUAAACGAGACGCUGAUUUGUUACAAGCUGAACCUCUGCCUGUUACUGGUAUUCCUCCUUUUCAGAUGCACAGACUGUCUUCCUCGCAUGGAACUGCCUCAGUAAGUUGGCAUAGUACUCUAAAAACGUGUUGUUUACUCUUUCUUGACAACACAUGCUAUUUUUCGGAUGUUUACGACAGAAUAUGCAGUCACGCACAAAAUGACAACUUCCAAAUAUUUGUAUCGGCACAAGCAGUCAACGCCAUAUUUCCGGACUCGGUGAAAAUGAUCAAACUUUAAACCUUUAUGACUUUUUAAAAACAUUUUUCUGGAAAAAGAGAAAUAACUCCAACAGUCUAUUUCAUUGUUUGUGUUUCCGAGUCGGUUUUUAGAAUUUCCAUUUCUAAGUGAUACUUCCGGUUUCAUCGCACCAUAAACUAUGUGAUUUAUCUUUUGUAAUUCUACAAAGAUAUUUAGUAGAAUUGCUGUAAAUACCGGUUUAUAUACCAAUAAAAGAUUAUAAAAAGACAUUGGCCCAAAGGAAUUAUUUACAUCAGAUACAUCAUCAUCAACAUUGAUCAUCUUUUAAAAACUGAAGGAAAAUGUUAGACGAAACAGAUAUAAACCUUUUUUUUUUAUAAAUUCUUGUAAGAUAUUGCUUCUGAACUUAAAAUAAUAGCAAUAUUUCUCUAUCACACUAGCACAGCAUGCUGGCAGAAUUGUUAGCAAGCCGGGCAAAAUGCUUUGCAGUAUUUCAUCCAUCUUUACAUUCUGAGUUCAAAUUCUGCUGAGGUCAACUUUGCCUUUCACCCUUUCGGGGUCAAUUAAAUAAGUACCAAUUAAUCGACUUAACCCCCUUCCCUUGAAAUUGCUGGCCUUGUGCCUAAAUUUGAAACCAAUAUUUCUCUUUCUCACUAUCUACAAUUUCUGCAAAUUACAGUUAGUUUGACUUACAAAAGAAUCUUACUGAAUCUUCAGGCAUCAGUGAAGACCACAAAUGAUGGAAAUAUAGAAAGUUGAAAUAAAAGUUGUCAUAAAUAAAGUAUUAAAAAUUUGGAACCAAGAAAAUUGUCUGCAUAUUGUGGUCAGAGAAGGAAAAUAAUACGAAAAUGAACCAUGUUGUGGAGGCGCAAUGGCCCAGUAGUUAGGGCAGUGGACUCACGGUCGGAGAUUGCGGUUUCAAUUCCCAGACUGGGCGUUUUGUGUGCUUAUUGAGCAAAAAUGUCUAAAGCUCCAGCAGUGGGGUGGUGGUGACUCCUGCUGUACUCUUUCACCCCAAUUUUCUCUCACUCUUUCUUCCUGUUUCUUGAGUAAAGCUGCGAUGGACUGGCAUCCUGUCCAACUGGUGGGGAACACAUAUGCCAUAGAAACCAGGAAACCGGGCCCAUGAGCCUGGCUAGACUUUAAAACAGCGCAAAAGAAGAAGAACCAUGUUAGAGACAUGAAAGUUUAAUUUUUCCUGAAAAAUGUCAAAAGGAAUGAGAAAAUCAUAUCACUGUGAUAUCUGUGGUAGAUUGUUUUCUCAAAGUGCUGUAUUAACUAUACACAAACGUACUCAUACAGGAGAGAAACCAUAUCAAUGUGAUAUCUGUGGUAAAUCAUUCUCUCAAAGUCAUAGCUUAACUUCUCACAAGCAUAGUCAUACAGGAGAGAAGCCAUACUGCUGUGAUAUAUGUGGUAAGUCAUUUUCUCAGAGACAUCACAUAACUAGACAUAAACGUAUUCAUACAGGAGAGAAACCAUACCAGUGUGAUGUCUGUGAUGUAUCAUUUGCUGGAAGUAGUGACUUGGUUAAACACAAAUGUAUUCAUACAGGAGAGAAAGCAUAUUAUUGUGAUGUCUGUGGUAAAUCAUUCUUUCAAUGUAGUAACUUAACUUCUCAUAAGCGUAGUCACACAGGAGAAAAACCAUAUCACUGUGAUAUCUGUGGUAAAUCAUUCUCUCGAUGUGAUAGCUUAACUAAACACAAACGCAUUCAUACAGGAGAGAAACCAUAUCAAUGUGAAAUCUGUGGUAAUUCAUUCUCUGAAACAGGUUGUUUAGCUUCUCACAAACGUAUUCAUACUGGAGAGAAACCAUAUCACUGUGAUAUCUGUGGUAAAUCUUUCUCUGGAACCAGUUGCUUAGCUUCUCACAAACGUAGUCAUACAGGAGAGAAGCCAUAUCACUGUGAUAUCUGUGGUAAAUCCUUCUCUCUAAGUUGUAACCUAACUACACACAAACGUAUUCAUAGAGGAGAAAAACCAUAUUAUUGUGAUAUCUGUAGUAAAUCAUUCUCUCGGAGAAAUACUUUAACUAUACACAAACGUGCACAUACAGGAGAGAAGCCACAUCGCUGUGAUAUCUGUGGUAUAUCGUUCUCUGAAAGUAAUGUCUUAAUUAGGCACAAGCGUAUUCAUACAGGAGAAAAGCCAUAUCACUGUAAUAUUUGUGGUAAAUCUUUUUCGCAGAGAGGUAACUUAACUAGACACAAUCAUACUCAUACAGGAAGGAAGCCAUCUCAUUGUGAUACAUUGUAAAUCAUUGAUGGAAAGAGGUGAUUAACUAAACACAAAUGAAUUCUUACAGGAGAGAAACCAUGCCCCUGUGAUAUCUGGUUUAGCAUUCUCUCAGAAACAUACCAUACCUGGUGGACUUACCCAUUGUAAACAACAUGAAAGUUCUGUAAAUUUCUUGCUGAACAGCCUACACAGAGGAUUCGUUUAUUAUGAUCAAAUGUUUGUACUGUACGUUUGUUUAUUCCCUCCAUCAAAUCAAUAUUACAGAUACAAAUGCAAGGUGUGUCACUCAUCAGUUGUCGAAGUUGUAGUGAAAUAUAUAUAGUACAAUGUGUUUGAUGUGGCUGCGUGUAUGUUAUCACAGGAGUUCAUACAGAGAUGAAAGAAUAAAUGCAAGAUUUAUAUAUUUACUACAUAAAAAUAAAUUUGAUUCUGCUUUCGGUGAUAAUACAUGGAAUCAAAUUGUAGAAAUUAGUUGAAUGAAGUAAUCUUAUGCAAGAAAGUGUAGAGAUAGGAAAUGUAAAACAGUGAAGUGGUGGCUCUCAGUUAUAUCAGCUACGAAGCAUAGAGAAAUAGACUGACAUAGCAAUGACAUGAAUGGCUGCUCUAAGUCUAAUCGACUAAGAAACAAAAAGCUGGGUUAGCAAGGUGUUUUUAUUAAUGGAAUGCUAGACAUUCUAGGACCUGCCAAAAGAAAUGCCAAACUUCUUGAAUAAUUAAGUUUCAUGACAUCGAUGCUUCGAGAAACUUAGAAAGGGAGGUUAUUUUCUGGUCUUUCUUGCAAGGGAGAUCAUUCAACUAUAUAUCUACCACUACAAAGUGAUUGCUCAGUCCAGGAAUCAAAACCACAAUCUUGCAACUGUGAGUGAAAAACCCUGAGCACUAAAUUAUUCGCUUUGACAAAUACCAUAACUAGAUAGAAAUGUAUUUGUACCGAAGGUAAAUUCUACCCUGUUAGAUCCGAAAAAGUAAUAUAACAACAUCAUCAUUGCUGUAACAUUCCUUUUUUUGCACUUGAGUGGGUCAAAUGGAAUUCAUUGAGGUAGGUUGUCUCUGGCCAGGUUCUCUACCUGUCACCAACCCGGUUUCCAAGCAAGGUAAUAUUUCUCCAUGACUGGACAUAUUUUCAUAGAAGAUUGGAAAAGAAGGACACUGAUUGCAUGAUAUUGACAAUUGUUUAUAAUCCUCACAUGAUGUCACAAACUAAGAGAGACAAACACACACACAUGGAUAUGUAUGUGCGUGUGUAUAUAUGUAUAUAUAUAUAUAUAUAUAUAUAUAUAUGUAUGUAUUUAACCCUUUAGUGUUUAAACUGGCCAUAUCUGGCCCAAAUAAUCUACCUGUUUUAUGUUAAAACUGCCCAGAUUUGGUAUCUCACACCAACCUAUAAUGUCAAUUUAAAAAUAAGUGAUAACAUUGUCGAAACCUUGAAGCUACGAAAUAACGAAUGAUUAGGUUAAAACAAUAUGGGUGAAUAAGUAUUGCAUUUGAUAGAAUAAUCUGAAUGCUAAAGGGUUAAAAUGGGGAUCAGUUCAAAUAUGUUUAAGAGAUAUUAAGGCUUUUCCCUACAGUUGGUCGUGAAAUCAGUGUAGUGUUGUCUCUCUUGGUAUCUGCUGCUGAAGAGAAUGAACAACUUUGAAAUGCUUUCAGAAGGAGCUCUUUGCUAACUGUGGUAUUUUUUAUACCUUCUUUUGUUUUAAGUGAGGAUUUUUUCUCCAUGACAAUCAGCAGUGAAAAGCUUUUAAAGGUUCAAGUAUCUUCCCAACAUAUUUGAACUGGUCUUCAGUUUGUUUGCUUUCUAUCACUGCUUCACACACAUAAUUGGGCUUCUUUAAGUUUCCAUUUAUCAAAUCCACAAAUGAACAUUUACAUGUGUGAUAGUGUAUUAAUUUUGAUGUCUAGAACUAAUAACCUGACAACACAAGGCAAAUAAAAGAUAUUUCAAGUUUUAUAAAUAGGGAAAUUAAUUGUUGAUGUUCUGGGUAAUGCUGUUACCAUUGUGUGGAAGAUAAUUUUCUCAGUAUUCCUCAUUCAUUGACAAACACCGAGAAAAUUUUCAGUUGAAAACUGAACACUCUAACAUCUACAAUUGUAAAUAAGGAGUUUGGGCUUUGUUAUGUAACCAUGUUAAGGAGAAAUAAAUCUCAGUCUGGCUGAAGUUAAUUGAAA